AUGAGUUUGAAGGUACUAGCGUUUUUAGUUGCGCUCUUAGUACCAAUUUCAGCGGAGCAAUUCGCUCCUUUCGAUCAAGCCCGACUCAGCAACGAGUCUUUUUUAGAACAGUUCCAGUACGCUUCUUUGAAAGAGUCCGGCUGGAUUCCUUCAGAGAGCUAUAAGUCGGGCCAAGCUGAUUACACAGGCAAGUGGAAACUUGCAAACAACUCAAAGUACGCAGCGUUUGAGAAUGAAAAGGGUUUACUCAUGAUGAAAGAGGCUGCAUAUUAUGCCAUUUCUAAAAAGCUUCCCAAAACAUAUGUCAGAGGAGACAAAGACGAUUUGGUUGUCCAAUUCGAAGUCAAAUUCCAAGAAGGUGUGUCUUGCACCGGAGGGUACAUCAAGCUUCUAAGUGAAGGCACUGUCGAGGACGAGUUCAGCGAUAGAACUCCGUUCGAGGUGAUGUUUGGACCUGAUAUCUGUGGGUCCGAGAGUAAAGUACACUUCAUCAUUAAAAAGCGUGAUGCAGAGACAGGAGAGAUUGUAGAACACAGGAUCAAGAAGCCUCCUAUGGCCAGAAACCAUGUGCUCACCAACUUAUACACGUUAGUUUUUAGAAGCGAUGGAAGCACAGAGAUCAGGCUCAAUGGUGAGGUUAUCAAGGCGGGAAACCCUUUAAAGACAGCCAAGUUCAUGGACCCACCCUUGACGGAACCUGAGUUCAUCGAGGACAAGGAUGCUAAGAAGCCAGAGGAUUGGGAUGACAGAUUCUUCAUCGACGACCCCAAUGCAGUCAAGCCAGAUGAUUGGGACGAAGUUUACGGUCGCCCCUGGAUUCCAGAUCCUAGUAUUGAAAAGGCUGAAGGUUGGAAUGACGAUGAGACGAUCCCCAGCGAGAUCCCAAACCCUAAGGCAUCCAAGCCUAAUGAAUGGAUAGAUGAAUUAGACGGGGAAUGGGAAGUACCCAUGAUCCCAAAUCCUGAGUGUUUGCAUGGAUGCGGCAAGUGGGAUCCCCCGCAAAUUCCCAACCCUAAGUAUAAGGGCAUUUGGGUGCCUCCGCAAAUAGAAAAUCCUAACUACCUGGGGGUUUGGCGGGUGCCGAAGAUCAAAAACCCUCGGUACGGCCAGGACGACAAUACCCAUCUAAUUGGCCCCGUGGACGCAUUGGGCUUCGAGCUCUGGUCAAUGACACAAGGGGUGCUUUUCACUAACAUUUAUUUGGGCAAAUCCAUUAGCGAGGCUGAAAGGAUAGGCAAUGAAACCUUUGUGCCGAAGACAGAGUUAGAAUGGAAAAACUACCAUGCAACAAAGCCCAAGCCUAAGCACGAUGCCAAGCCACCACCACCCACGUUUGAGGAUUACCUUGAAGACGACACAGAAAGUAUCUUUGACGAAGGCAUGGAGCUUAUACGCCAGUUCUACAAGGGACUCUACGACGACGCGCUAGACUACUGGCACUCAUUCCAGAAUGACCCAGCGUUGGCGAUCUCCGAGAACCCGGUCUACUUUAUCAUAUUCUGUGUAAUCGGGUUGGUUGGUUUCGUGGUGUGCUUUGCAGCCAUCAACGUGGUUUUGUUCCUACUCCUUCGCGCCAAAGGCGAACCCACGAGGAAGGCUCAGCCGGUAAGCAACGAACAAAGCGAAUUGCGAAGCGAAAGCGAUUUGCUGAGGAAUAAUGGCGUCAGCGCAAAAGGCACCCUUGCAACAGACAACCUUGAUGAUCUGGAACCCAAUGCCACAGCUACCGGUACUGGUUUGUUGGAGAGGGGUGAAUUGAGAAAGAGAGAAGGUAAAAAAGGCGAAUAA